AUGUCUGGAGCAUUCGUCAACUUCUGGGUUGAUGAGGAAGGAAACGCAGAAGUUGGAGAAGAGGAAGAGAAGACAAAAGCUCAAGAUGUCUCAACAGAGGUAUCCAGAACGAGGAAUAUUGGCAUCAUUGCCCAUAUCGAUGCGGGCAAGACGACGACCACGGAGCGCAUGCUCUACUAUAGUGGGCAUACAAGACGAAUAGGAAAUGUAGACGAAGGCUCCACCGUCACCGACUUCCUGCCCGCAGAGAGAGCGCGAGGCGUAACAAUACAGUCCGCCGCCAUCUCAUUCCACUGGCCGCCUCUGUUUGUCGGCGACCUUCAAAACACUUCCGCAAAUACAAGCAACCUCGUGCCUCACAACAUCAAUCUAAUAGACACGCCCGGCCACGCAGACUUCACCUUCGAAGUCCUUAGAUCAUUGCGCAUUCUAGAUGGCGCGGUCUGUAUUCUCGAUGGCGUAGCAGGCGUCGAGGCACAGACAGAAAAGGUGUGGUACCAGGCCGCGAAGUACCGCAUUCCGAAGAUCAUCUAUGUGAAUAAACUUGAUCGGGAUGGUGCGGCUUUUGGUGAGACCGUUAAGCAGAUUGCUGCGCGUCUUCACGCGUGGCCGGCCGUCUGCCAGGUGCCUUGGUGGGAACGAGGAAGGGGCAAAUUUGUUGGACUAGGAGAUGCGAUUGGACUUCGGUCUUUCAAAUGGACUGAGGGAGGGGAUGGCAAGGACUUUCAAGUCAUCUCUAUUGACGAUCUUCCGUCAUCUGAAGCAGAGUUCGCUCUAGAAAUCAAGAAGGCUAGGAGAGCGCUUGUUGAGCUUUUGAGUGAGCAUGACGAACGUAUGGUUGAGAAAUACCUGGAGGUCGAUGAAGAUCAUCUCGCCAUUGCAAGCGAAGACAUCAUGAUAUCCUUGAGGCGAUGCGUUCUGAAUCAGUCAUCCAAUAUCGUUCCCGUAUUUGCUGGCGCAAGCUUCCAGAACAUGGGCGUUCAGCCUCUGCUCGAUGCUGUUAUCCAACUACUACCAAGCCCCAUUGAGGCUCUAGAUCCCGAGAUCAACCUCGGCGGCGCGGAAGGAACCCUCUCAAGCUUGCUAAGUGGAAAACUGGUGUCCGCUGGAAUUGGGCCAAAGUCAAAAGCUUCAACUGUCAAGUUCAAAAAACAAAGCACAGCCCUAAUCAAGAACCUGGAAUCAUGCGCUCUAGCCUUCAAAGUCGUCCAUGAUUCUCGCCGUGGUGCACUGGUCUACGUCCGGGUCUACUCAGGUAGUAUAAAACGCCAGUCUAUGCUAUUCAAUACAAAUCUCCAAGUCUCCGAACGAGCGCCACAGCUGCUCAAGAUGUAUGCUUCCGACUCAGUCCAGAUCGAUACCAUUCCAGCAGGCCAGAUUGGGGUCAUUCCUGGCUUGAAGUAUGCGAGGACAGGUGACACACUGAUCUCGUACACUGGCGCGAAUCCUAAAUCAGGGCCGCCCUCUCCUCUAAACACGCUGCAGCUCCGACCCAUCGAGGUCCCUCCUGCAGUGUUCUUCUCAAGCGUCGAGCCGCACAGCAUGAGCGAGGAGAAGACUGUCAAGAGUGCUUUAGACCUACUAAUCCGGGAAGACCCAAGUCUGCAAGUCUCCGAGGACGAAGAAUCGGGCCAAACGUUGUUAAGCGGCAUGGGCGAUUUCCACCUCGAGAUUGCCCGAGACCGCCUUGUCAACGACAUGAAAGCUAAAGCUGCUAUGGGUAAAAUCGAGAUCGCGUACCGAGAAUCCAUCCUUGAAGCUUCUUCGCCAGAUAUCUACGUCUUCGACAAAGAGCAAGGUGGAAAACAGGGCCGUGCCUCCUGCAUAGCCCACGUCGAGCCUCUCUCCGAAACCACUCAAAUCCCCCUGGACGACGAAUACGCAUACUCAGCCUACGAAGACGGUAAUAGAGUCACAAUAUCUCUUAAACCAACUACAGACGACGCCUCAGAGGCCGAGCCCUGGGACGGCGACCUCCCACCCCACCUCUCCAUCCCCUCCCUCCACUCGGCCCUCAAAAACGGCGCUCUCGCCGCCUUGAGCCGCGGUAUCAAUUACGCCUUUCAGCUGCACAAUACCCACGUUCUGCUAACCCUCGACCCCAGAAAACACAUCUUCGGCACCGACACCACCCCCGCUGCUCUCUCCUCCGCCGCACGCCUUGCCACAAAAGCAGCGCUCAAAGCAACCGCUCUGGAGAACGGAUCGGUCCUUAUGGAGCCGGUGAUGAACGUCACCGUCAGCGUCGACGAAGCCAGCUUAGGCGCCGUGGUCAACGACAUCUCCUCCUCCCGCGGCGGGCACAUCAUGUCCCUCGACGACGCCGGCGUCACAUCCGGCCCCGCCGUCAACUCCACCCCCGACCCCCUGCCUCGGAUCGACGUCGCCAGAGUCUACGCGCCCCCGGAUCCCUUCGGCCCGUCCGCUUCCCAGACCCGGGGGCAAGGCAUCGCGGUCGACGGCCGCAGGCAGCGGAACAUCACGGCGCGGGUGCCGUUGAAGGAGAUGGUGGGCUAUCUGAAGCAUUUGAGAAGUUUGACGGGCGGCAGGGGCACGUUCGUCAUGGGUGCUGAUCGCUUCGAGAGGGUGGUGGGGCAGAGGGAGAAGGUGCUUUUGAAGGAGUUGAGGGGGUUUUGA